AGUCUGCUUGCUGACGUUCACUGUUCUUCUCCAACAUUUAAAAUUAACUUUUCAUUCUCCUCAUUUGUCCGUGUUCGAGGAGUGGUGCGUUUCAGCAGACAUGUUGCAGCAGUUGGUGAUUAAAGAAGAAAUGCUCCCUGAACAGCAGGAGUUGAAUCUGAGUGUUGACCAGAAGGACAUUAAACAGGAACAAGAGGAAGUCUGGACAAGUAACGAGGGACAGCAGCUUCACCGGCUGGAGACUGAGAAGACCAAGUUACAUUUUGUCCCUGUGAAGACUGAAAAUGAUGAUGAAAUACCACAGUCAUCACAGGUUCAUCAAAACCAAAGUGAUGAGAGCCCAGAGGUUGAUCCUGUAGCCAGCAGCUCACCUGUUCACAGAACACUGACAGCACAAGCAGGUGAAGAGGACAAUGGUGGACCACAAUCAGCUUCAUGCAGUCGUUUACCACCAGAUACCAAUGGAAGGAGUUCAGAUUUUUCUGAAAUGGACAGUUCCAAAUGGAAGCAGAAAAAAGAAAAUAGUUCAGGCUUUAACAGUGUGAAGAAAAGCAGUGUCUCUGCUAGUCAUAGCAGGUGCAACAUGAAGAAAAAAUACAAGAGCUCUGAAAAUGUAAAAUCAUCUGGUCACAUGAACUAUUUAAAGCAAGGAAGUGAAAAAACGUUUAGCUGUUCUCAGUGUGGAAAAAAAUUUGGACAUCAGAGCAGUUUGAUCAGACACACAAGAAUUCAUACAGGACAAAAACCAUUUGGUUGUUCUGAGUGUGGUAAAAGAUUUGUAGAUACAAGCAGUCUGAUCAGACACAAGAAAAUUCAUACAGGACAGAAACCAUUUAACUGUACUGAGUGUGGCAAAAGAUUUGUAGAUAAGAGCCACAUGAUGACCCACAUGAGAAUUCACACAGGACGGAAACCAUUUAGCUGUUCAGAGUGUGGCAGAAGAUUUGGACACAAGAGCAGGCUGAUUACACACAUGAGAAAUCAUACAGGACAGAAACCAUUUAGUUGUUCUGAGUGUGGUAAACAAUUUGGAGAGAAGAGCUGUCUGGUCAGACACAUUAGAAAUCACACAGGGCAGAAACCAUUUAGCUGCUCUGAGUGUGGGAAAAAAUUUGGAGACAAAAGCAGUCUGGUCAGACACCUUCGAAUUCAUACAGGGCAGAAACCAUUUGGCUGUUCGGAAUGUGGUAAAAAAUUUGGACGUAAGAGUACUAUGAUCGCACACAUGAGAAAUCAUGCAGGACAGAAGCCAUUUGGUUGUUCGGAAUGUGUAGUGAUGGGCGGUGUGUACAAAGGGCAGGGACUGUAUCAACAUGAGCUUAUGACCUGCUGUACUGGAAAUUCCUCAUUCAUGAGAAAUAAGGGCAAUUCCCAUCACGAGUGGGGUUCAUCGGGUUACCUGCGCCUCUCAGUGACGGGUAGGCACACGCUGAUCUGA